UGGACAGCUGACGUGCUGGUGCAGUAUUUUGUCCUGCGGCGCAUCUUCAGUCCCGACUGAGAAGAAGACCGCAGCGUAGCUAUCUGUCUCAUCCUCGGACAGAUGAGUGACUGACUUUACCUGCCAGGGACAAGCAGUGGUUUCAGUGCCAUCUUUUUUCACAGUCUGUGAUACCUGUGUUUGGGUUUGCAACUUCUUCAGCUUCACCUGUUAUUCACGUCGAAUGUCAAACAAAUAGCCUAGGCUACAAAAACAAUAGGCAACAACGAAGGAAAGUGUUGUCGUUGGCAACCUGAACAUCUGGCUGGACAUUUGACAGUUUCUCAGAAGAUUUGUCUUAAUUCGAUUUUCUUUUACCAGACUGACUUUUGAUGAGCACUGCCUCGUCUCGAAUAAAUCAGAGACAAACAAUGGCAUUGAUGAAUUGACAAGAUAUCAAAUUAGCCUUUUGAAACAAGAUGGAUAAAAUUGUUCAACUUGUUCAACUUCUAUAGAUAGGCAGGUUUUCCCCCAAUUAUGAACAGCAAACCAACGCCCAGGACUUGUAUUCUUCAUUUUAUAUUGUAUGCCUUCUGUUCAUGAAAAUAGAAAUGUUUUGUUUCUUCAAACCCCGAGGAUAUUCCAGGACCAGGACUGGGUCUAGAAAUGGGACAAUAUCCCGACACUCCUCCAACUCAACCUCAAGGCUAUACUUUACCUUUAUUCUGCUGCUUCUCAUCUUCACGCCUAGAGUGGAUUCUUCCUGGUGGUACAUUGGAGCCCUGGGUGCACGGGUGAUCUGUGACAACAUUCCAGGCCUGGUGAACAAGCAGCGCCAGCUGUGCCAGCGCCACCCGGACCUCAUGCAGUCUAUUGGGGAGGGUGCCAAGGAGUGGAUCCGCGAGUGCCAGCACCAGUUCCGCCAUCAUCGCUGGAACUGCAGCACGCUGGACCGAGACCACACCGUCUUUGGCAGGGUCAUGCUGCGCAGUAGUCGGGAGGCAGCAUUUGUGUACGCCAUCUCCUCGGCAGGCGUGGUCUAUGCAAUUACCAGGGCCUGCAGCCAGGGGGACCUCAAGAUCUGCAGCUGCGACGCCCAAAAGCGGGGCCAGGCUAGUGACGACAGGGGCGAAUUUGACUGGGGCGGCUGCAGCGACAACAUCAACUAUGGCAUCAAGUUCACCAAGACCUUUGUUGAUGCCAGAGAAAAGAUGGUGAAGGACGCUCGGGCACUGAUGAAUCUACACAACAACCGCUGUGGACGAAUGGCAGUGAAGCGCUUUAUGAAACUGGAGUGCAAGUGUCAUGGCGUCAGCGGCUCCUGUGCCCUUAGAACCUGCUGGCUGGCCAUGUCGGACUUCCGGAGGACCGGAGACUACCUCCGGAAGAAGUACAACACGGCCAUCGAGGUGACCAUGAACCAGGAUGGCACCGGGUUCAUGGUGGCUGACAAGGACUUCAAGGGAACCACCAAGAAUGAGCUGGUGUAUGUAGAAAAGUCCCCUGACUACUGCCUCAUGGACAGAGCAGCAGGCUCCCUGGGAACGGCAGGGAGAGUCUGCAACAAGUCUUCUAGGGGCACAGACAGCUGCGAGGUCAUGUGUUGCGGACGGGGCUACGACACAAUGCGCGCCAAGCGAGUCACCAAGUGCGAGUGCAAGUUCAAGUGGUGUUGCGCCGUGGAGUGUAAGGACUGUGAGAACACUGUGGACGUUCACACCUGUAAGCCCCACAGGCGACCCGAUUGGCUGGACCAAACCAGACGCUGAGGCCCAUUCUUUAAAAGAACGUAGUAGUGGUCAACUGCAUUGUGGGAUAUGUAUUUCCUACUCCUGACUCCUUACGCACUCCUUUCGGACCUCCAUUACAUCUGACAACCCCUUCUAAAGUGACAUCCUAAAGAACCUUUCCCAAGGCGCCGUAUCCCAACUUGGUUUGGAUGGUGCAGUGCUGUAUGGGACUGUUCGGUGGGAAGGCUUUCUAAGAGAAUGGUUGGGCUGGGAGAGGGGAUAGUUCCUAUUUAUGUUUUUGUUUGUUUGUGUUGAUUGUGUGCUGCUUCCAAGGUGCCGAGGACACUAUUUUUCUACAGACAUUCAUUCACACAGUAUCUGUUGUGGAAAUGCAGAACAGGACAUUGUACUGUGAGCACACCAGAGAUUGAGUUAGGAUUGUUGGCUGGUGUAUGUGUUGUUGCUUUUUUGCUUUGUUUAAGACUAUGUUCUCUCUAAAUCUGUGAUCACUUUGUUCAGUGUUUCAUUGGCCUUACAAUAGAAAGAGAUGAAGAACUGAAAUUGUACUCUGCUUGAUAUAAUGGAAAGACUGACAUGUAUUCAGUUGUUAGGAGUAAAAAAUUAUAUUUAAAAAUGGAGGACUUACCCUACUGGUAAAGUGCAUUGGGAUUGAUGUACAGCAGAAAGUCUAACGAUCAACGUUUACCGCGGGCCAGAGAGCUGCUCUAUAGACACUCAUGUAAAGUAGCAGUCAAAACAUUUAGACACACCUCCUCAUUCAAUGGUUUUUCUUUAUUUUUACUAUUUUCUACAUUGUAGAAUAAUAGUGAAGACAUCUUAACUAUGAAAUAACACAUAUGGAAUCAUAAUAAUAAUAAUAUAUGCCAUUUAGCAGACGCUUUUAUCCAAAGCGACUUACAGUCAUGUGUGCAUACAUUCUACGUAUGGGUGGUCCCAGGAAUCGGACCCACUACCCUGGCGUUACAAGCACCAUGCUCUACCAACUGAGCUACAGAAGGACCACUAUGUAGUAUCCAAAAAGGUUUUAAACAAAUCUAAAUAUAUUUUAUAUUUGAGUUGCCACCCUUUGCCUUGAUGACAGCUUUGCACACUCUUGCCUGUCUCUCAACCAGCUUCACCUGGAAUGCUUUUCCAACAGUCUUGAAGGAGUUCCCACAUAUGCUGAGCACUUGUUGUCUGCUUUUCCUUCACUCUGCGGUUCAACUCAUCCCAAACCAUCUCAAUUGGGUUGAGGUCUGGUGAUUGUGGAGGCCAGGUCAUCUGAUGCAGCAGCUACAUCACUCUCCACCUAAUGGUCAAAUAUCCCUUACACAGCCUGGAGGUGUGUUGGGUCACUGUCCUGUUGAAAAACAAAUGAUAGUCCCGCUAAACACAAAUCAGAUGGGAUGGCGUAUCACUGCAGAAUGAUGUGGUAGCCAUGCUGGUAAAGUGGGCCUUGAAUUCUAAAUAAAUCACAGACAGCGUCACCAGUAAAGCACCCCCACACCAUCACACCUCCUUCUCCAUGCUUCAUGGUGGGGACCACACAUGCAGCGAUAAUCCGUUCACCUACUCUGCUUCUCACAAAGACACUGCGAAUGGAACCAAAAAUCCCAAAUUUGGACUCAUCAGACCAAAGGACAGAUUUCCACCGGUCUAAUGUCCAUUGCUCGUGUUUCUUGGUCCAAGCAAGUCUCAUCUUAUCAUUGGUGUCCUUUAGUAGUGGUUUCUUUUCAGCAAUUCGACUAUGAAGGCCUGAUUCAUGCAGUCUCCUCUGAACAGUUGAUGUUCACAUGUGUCUGUUACUUGAACUCUGUGAAGCAUUUAUUUGGGCUGCAAUUUCUGAAGCUGGUAACUCUAAUGAACUUAUCUGCAGCAGAGGUAACUCUGGGUCUUCCUUUCCUGUGGUGGUCCUCAUGAGAGCCAGUUGCAUCAUAGCGCUUGAUGGUCUUUGCGACUGCACGGAUUGACUGACCUUCAUGUCUUAAACUCAUGGACUCUUUGCUUAUUUGAACUGUUCUUGCCAUAAUAUGGACUUGGUCUUUUACCAAAUUGGGCUAUCUUCUGUAUACCACCUCUACCUUGUCACAACACAACUGAUUGGCUCAAACGCAUUAAGAAGGAAAGAAAUUCCACAAAUGAACAUUUAACAAGGCACACCUGUUAAUUGAAAUGCAUUCCAGGUGACUACCUCAUUAAGCUAGUUGAGAGAAUGCCAGGAGUGUGCAAAGCUGUCAUAAAGGCAAAGGUUGGUUACUUUGAAGAAUCUAAAAUAUAUUUAGAUUUGUUUAACACUUUUCUGGUUACUACAUGAUGCUAUAUCUGUUAUUUCAUAGUGGUGAUGUCUUCACUAUUAUUCUACAAUGUAGAAAAUAGCAAAAAUAAAGAAAAACCCUGGUAUGAGUAGGUGUCCAAAAUUCUGACUGUUACUGUAGCUAAAUACGAAGCAAAGAAAUUCAUUUAAAUAAAUGUUUCUGUUAUAAGAGUAAAGUGAAACAAACGUUGUCGACUGAGAUGGAUAGUAUGUCUCCUCUCUCUUCAGUGUGACAGGUACUCUUACAGUAUGUGCUAUCAAUCUAUUAUUGUACGUGUUCCUAAAUGUAUACGGUGUGAUGGAUGGGAGCUGUCAUCUCUUAUUAUUUAUCACUGGUUUCCAAUUACUGAAGCUGCUAGCUUCUACUGUAUAUUCAGAAAGUAUUCAGACCCCUUGACUUUGUUCACAUUUUCUUACAUUACAGCCUUAUUCUUAACAUUUUUCUCAUCAAUCUACACAAUACCCCAUAAUGACAAAGCGAAAACAGGUUUUUACAAAUGUUUGAAAAUGUAUCACAAAUAAAAAACAGAAAUACCUUUUUUACAUAAGUAUUCAGACCCUUUGCUAUGAGACUUGAAAUUGAGCUCAGAUGCAUCUUGUUUCCAUUGAUCAUUCUUGAGAUGUUUCUACAACUUGAUUGGAAUCCACCUGUGGUAAAUGAAAUUGAUUGGACAUGAUUGGGAAAGGCUCGCACCUGUCUAUAUAUCUGACAUGCACAGUUGACAGUGCAUAUCAGAGAAAAAAACAAGCUCUGAGGUUGAACGAAUUGUCCGUAGAACUCCGAGACAGGAUUUUGUCGCGGCACAGAUCUGGGGAAUACCAAAAAAUGUCUGCAGUAUUGAAGGUCCCCAAGAACAUAGUGGCCUCCAUCAUUCUUAAAUGGAAGAAGUUUGGAACCACCAAGCCUAUUUCUAGGGCUGGCCGCCUGGCCAAACUAAGCAAUCAAGGGAGUGGGCCAUGGUCAGGGAGGUGACCAUGAACCCAAUGGUCACUCUGACAGAGGUCCAGAGUUCCUCUGUGGAGAUGGGAGAACCUUCCAGAAGGACAACCAUCUCUGUAGCACUCCACCAAUCAGACCUUUGUAGUAGAGUGGACAGACGGAAGCCACUCCUCAGAAAAAGACACAUGACUGCCCGCUUGAAGUUUGCCAAUAGGCACCUAAAGGACUCUCAGACAAUGAGAAACAAGAAUCUCUGGACUGAUGAAACCAAGAUUGAACUCUUUGGCCUGAAUGCCAAGUGUCACAUCUGUAUAAAACCUGACACCAUCCCUACGGUGAUGCAUGGUGGUGGCAGCGUCAUGCUUUGAGGAUGUUUUUCAGCUGCAGGGACUGGGAGACUAAUCUGGAUCAAGGGAAAGAUGAAUGGAGCAAAGUACAGAGAUAUCCUUGAUGAAAACCUGCUGCAGGGUGCUCAGCACCUCAGACUGGGGUGAAGGUUCACCUUCCAACAGGACAACAACCCUAAGCACACAGCCAAGACAAGUUUCUGAAUGUCCUUGAGUGGCCCAGCCAGAGCACAGACUUGAACCCGAUCAAACAUCUCUGGAGACAUCUGAAAAUAGCUGUGCAACCUGUCAAAGCUUGAGAGGAUCUGCAGAGAAGAAUGGGAGAAACUCCCCAAAUACAGAGGUGCCAAGUUUUAAGGUCGUACUCAAGAACACUCAAGGCUGUAAUUGCUGCCAAAGGUGCUUCAACAAAGUACUGAGUAAAGGUGUCUAAAUACUUAUGUAAAUGUGAUAUUUCAAGUUUUUAUUUGUAAUACAUUUGCAAAAAAUUCUAACAACCUGUUUUUACUUUGUCAUUAUGGGGUAUUGUGUGUAUAAUUGUAUCAAUUUUAGAACAAGGCUGUAAUUGAACAAAAGCAGUAAAAUACAUGUGAUGAUCAUAACUACUUUUUAAGCUGAAUGAGGUGUCAGUUUAUGUUAAAAAGAUCAACAUUUUCAAAUGUAAAUGGUAACUGAUAUGAUUUUAAUGCAAUGUUCUCGAACGGUUGGGAGUGGUGGGUAAGUUGUAUUGUCAUGUUAGUUGAAGAGUUAUUGUCACCUUGGGUAAGACCCAAAAAUACCACACUAGUUCUAUAUUAAACCUUGUUGAUCCUUCUGUCA